AUGGAUUAUCUCCUGGCCAGGCUCUUGGAGCUCGAAGCCAUACCCCUGAGAGGGGUUAGGGCAUUCGUCUCUAACUGGGCCUCGGCCAUGGUAUCCAAUGACGCGGGGGUUGAAGGCAGCGGGAGUCCAGCGGCUGCUCAGGCACCCUUGGACUUCGCAAGGGCGAUCUUAAGCAUGGUGCUUCAUGCAGGGCUGGUACAUGGGAUGCCCAUUCGGCCUCUGCUUUGGUUAGCGAGUGCUCUCGCGGUCAUAUCUACUAAGAGGAAGUACCGGUUGGUGCGUAGCAUCGAGCUGGGCAACGAUCGCGACUACUUCGACGCCCUACUCGAAGCCCUCAUUGCUGACACUGCUAUGGGGGGCGCAGGCUCGGCCACAAAUCGUUCACCUUCCAUCGCAGGAGCAGUAAGUCCCACUGGCGAUGGAGAACCAUCGUCCACGGCUUCGCACUCCCGAAGGCAGGCUCCUCUGAACGUGUUCAAACUCCCACUUGAAUAUACAGAAUUCGAAGGUCCGACGUCGGCCACACCCUACUCUGCCUUCAAGGGUGGUGUGCAGACGUCAAUCAG